UACCAUUUUGUGUGGUAUUUAAAGAGUCCGUCCUCUCCGCCUGCCAGAAACCAUUGGAUCCGGGACCGUGCCUGCGUGCCUGCGUGCGUGUGUGUGUGUGCGUAAAGUGUUAGCGUGCGCCGGGGCUGAAACCAUCCGGAGGGUUCUGAUCGAGGUGGGCGGAGACUGAAAGCCGGAGAGGUCCUGCAGCGACGCGCCGAACCAUUCCGGACUCCCGCACCCGUCCGAGAAAGGAAACAUCAUGGCUACUACUACUUGUACGCGUUUUACAGAUGAAUACCAGCUGUACGAGGAGCUUGGCAAGGGGGCCUUUUCAGUGGUGCGCCGCUGUGUCAAACUCUGCACAGGCCAAGAGUACGCCGCCAAAAUCAUCAACACCAAAAAGCUCUCGGCCAGAGAUCAUCAGAAACUGGAGCGAGAAGCCCGGAUCUGCAGAUUGCUCAAACACUCCAACAUCGUUCGUCUCCAUGACAGUAUCUCAGAGGAGGGCUUCCACUAUCUCCUCUUUGACCUGGUGACAGGAGGGGAACUGUUCGAGGACAUUGUGGCCAGAGAGUACUACAGUGAAGCAGACGCCAGUCACUGUAUCCAUCAGAUUCUAGACAGUGUGUCUUACACCCACCAACAUGACAUAGUGCACAGGGACCUCAAGCCGGAGAAUCUGCUGCUGGCCAGCAAGUGUAAGAACGCAGCGGUGAAGCUGGCCGACUUCGGACUCGCUAUCGAAGUUCAGGGAGACCAGCAGGCAUGGUUUGGUUUUGCGGGGACUCCGGGCUACCUGUCCCCGGAGGUCCUGAGGAAGGAGGCGUACGGGAAACCCGUGGACAUCUGGGCCUGCGGUGUGAUCCUUUACAUCCUCCUGGUUGGCUACCCUCCGUUCUGGGACGAGGACCAGCACAAACUCUACCAGCAGAUCAAAGCCGGGGCGUACGACUUUCCGUCCCCGGAGUGGGACACGGUGACUCCAGAGGCCAAAAACCUCAUCAACCAGAUGCUGACGAUCAACCCGGCUAAGAGAAUCACGGCCCAGGAGGCUCUGAAGCACCCCUGGGUCUGCCAACGCUCCACGGUGGCCUCCAUGAUGCACCGACAGGAGACCGUCGAGUGCCUGAAGAAGUUCAACGCCAGGAGGAAACUUAAGGGCGCCAUUCUGACCACCAUGCUCGUCUCCAGGAACUUCUCUGUGGGUCGGCAGACUACAGCCCCCGCGUCUGUCAGCGCCGUGGCAGGAACCACCGCUGGCAUCGUGGAGCAAGCAGCCAAGAGUCUCCUCAACAAGAAGGCUGAUGUCAAGCCGCAGACAAACAGCACGAGAAACAGCAUAGUCACCAGUCCCAAAGGCAACGUCCCCUCUGCUGCGCUGGAGCCUCAGACUACUGUUAUCCAUAAUCCAAUAGAUGGGACCAAGGGAUCGUCCGACAGCAGCAACACCACUAUCGAGGAUGAAGAUGUUAAAGCUCGCAAACAGGAGAUCAUAAAGAUCACAGAGCAGCUGAUCGAAGCUGUCAACAAUGGAGACUUUGAGGCCUACGCGAAGAUCUGCGACCCUGGUCUCACCUCGUUCGAACCUGAGGGUCUGGGUAACCUUGUGGAGGGAAUGGACUUCCACAGAUUUUACUUUGACAAUCAUCCCUCUCUCCCGUCAGUCCUCUCCAAGAACAGCAAACCUAUCCACACCACCAUCCUCAACCCCCACGUGCACAUGAUUGGGGACGACGCCGCCUGCAUCGCUUACAUACGCCUGACACAGUAUGUGGACGGGCAGGGUCGUCCCCGCUCCAGCCAAUCAGAAGAGACCAGAGUAUGGCACCGCAGGGACAGCCGGUGGCAAAACGUCCACUUCCACUGCUCAGGAGCUCCCGCUGCCCCGAUGCAGGGAUGAGAGACUCCUGAGGAGGCAGCGAGGAGCCGAAAGGGAAUAAGUGGAUAAUCCAAGAGAGUGUCUGCACCGAGAGAGAGGUGCAGGUGGAUGGAGGGUGGCUUAAAGGAGUCUGAAGAGUCUGAUUUAAAGGAUCACGAUCGUCCUCCUGAGCCCUGCACACACACCUCGCUCUUCUCUCUCUCUCUUCUUCUUCUUCUUCUUUUCAUCUUUAUGACCUCAAACACAGACAGACACUCCCAAUCGCCAAAACCAACGCUACAGCAGACGGCAUAUCAGCCACAAAAAAAAAGGAAACUCUUUAGCCGGCGUUUACCGACGCACAACAUACCCGGACAUCCCUUUUGCCCUUUGACCCCGUUUAUUUCUCCUGCUGAAGAUUUACCCGUUUACUUCUCAGAUUAUUGUUCCUUGAUCUAGUAUUAUUAUGGCUGCAGUCUGUUGUUGUGCUCUUUACACUGUACAGUAUAUUUAUUAGUCAUCCUGAUAUCUCCUUCUUUCUUUUUUUUUUAUAACGAGCAUGUCUCUUAUAACCCGUGGCUGUUUUUUCUGCACGACUAAAAGGCUGCCUGUGUGAAAUGAACAAACUGCACCGCGUGUCUCACAGAGGAGAGACCAGUGGGUGUGUUUAAUUAUCCGUUUCGUUCGUUAAUCAAUGGAGCUUUUGAUUUUUAGAUUUUUAUUCAUCUAUCGCCUCCUUUAUUUCCUCUGGAGUGUAUUUGACCCGACGCCUCCGACCCCUCUGAGCCGCUCUGUGAGACAGUGAAAACCAUGCAGCAUGCUAAGAUAUAUCUGUCGUUCUUGACUGACUCUCUAUGUACUGAACUUUGCAAGUUAACUACUGCGAUAAUGACAAUGGUUGAAACUAUAGUAUCACACUGUUUAUGUACAUUUUCCAGUUUCAUCGUGGUGACUUGACUACAAUUAUGCUGUAGAUGGUAUUUAAUUGCAUGAUAUUCCGAGUUAAUAACAUUGCUAAGUUGGGUGUUAUCGUGCAUUUUGUUGAUUUUUCUCUUUUUUGGACUGAACUGUCGGUGAGCUAUGAUCUGUUGCCUCUUCUUUCUGGGCUUUGUACGUGCAUAAACUUUAACUUUUUGUGUUGAUAUGAUAGUGUAGUAUGCGAGGAUUCGGGUGAGGACGACGGCUAUACGACUGAAAAUGCCUUUAUGUGAAGAAGUUGCUGGAUCCAGAUCAGUUUUUAAAUCUCUGUUUUACUCUGUGGGAGACAAAAGCCAAGAUACUUAUUCUGCUUUUUUUUAUUAGAAACACAUUGAAGUGAACAUAGAGAAUAUAUUUAUCUUAAAAGGUUCUUCAUUUAGAAAGAAAAACAAUGCAUUGGUACCAGGGACGUAAAGCCAAAAAGUGUCAGAACAACUUUAUCAACAACAAAUUUAAAGACACAGAAUAAUCCGUAAUUAUUUGGAAUAAAGAAAUAAACAUAUAUCCUAAGUGUUGCCCCAAACACAGAGGUCUCUGUCCAGUGAAAACCAACGACUGUGUGUAAGAAGUCAAAGAAGCUUCUUUAACAUCACCAGCUGGUUUAAGCGCUACAAAAACUCACAUCCAAGUACGUGGGUUUGUUCAACUUCUAAAAUAUCUAAUUACACUUCUCUUGACAAGUCCAGGUAAAAAUCUUCUUUAGAGGUAUACAUAACAAACUAUGAGGCCUGAACUGUCGGUAAUAAGUAAAACAAAAGCAAGGGGCAAGAAAAUGUUGCUCAUUGUCUUGAAAUUGAAUUAUUAAUGUCAAUACACUCUACAAAUAAACAAUCUUUAUUGACCAACAGAAAUGAAUUCAAAUAGACCUUAAUAACUAGCACAUUUUAGAUAAAAUAUCCUCUUUUUUAGGACAGGCACAACCCUGACUGGUGUUACUUUGAAGCGCUCAUGGUGUACUCAAACUCUCCAUAAGAGGGCGCCAAAUCCAAACAACACAAAGGGUAACCUGUGAGUCAUUAAAGGGUUCAAAGGGCUUGACUCUUGAGUCUGUGCUAAGCUGGGCGUUGGUGAGAGUGGGACCUCAAACACUGAUAAGCAGAGCGACUGUGAGCGAGAUAAAGACUGACUAACACAGAGAGUCAUCCCAGGCCUUCAAUAACUUCAUUUUCAAACACUUUUAACCUUUUUUUAACUUUACUGUUUCGGCUCACAAAAUGUUACAACUCCUAAUUUUUUUUGAUGUCAAGAUCUCACAAUCCACACAAUUUUACUCCUGAAAAUUGUAAAGUUUAUUUAUCAUGGAUUGAUGUCCAAAAAAGUUGCAACAUCAGCAGUUUUGAUUAUGAAGCGUAUUGACAAAGAUGAAUGAGUAGCAUUACAGAGCUACAAAUGGAGCCAGACCAAAACAAACAACUAAUGCAAAAUCUACUGCGAACAUAUACAUAUUUGCAAGAUGAUAUUCAUAAUAAAGCCUGCGUUUUAGUCCCAUUAACAAACUUGGGUGCAUGACUAUAAAUCAGACAGACACUGCAGGAUCUGUGUGGUGUUUUCAUUUUCACCGGUUUCCUAAAAGUGUUAAUUCUUUAACAGGAUUAUUGGUCACUCAGUGUCAUUGUCCACUGUGGCAAACGAUCCUUAUUCCACUAAUAAUGACUUGGCUGUGACACAGAGAAGACAGAAGAGCCUCAGUAAUUAUUUUCUCAGUUGAAUGAUCAGGAGACGACUCAUGAGAACGCUGCCGUGUGUAAAACAGAGAUUUCUUUUUCUACGUUUAUUAUACUGAUAACGAUGAAGAUGAUUCCUUUCUCUGGUGUGCAUUUCAAGUCUUAUCAAUAUUCAAAUGUGAUCAGAUGUAAUCAGUGUGUGAACCAAUAAAAUGACAAUGCAGAGAG